AUGCAUGCUAUUUCCCCGGAAUCCACGUCGUCGGAUGAGCCUAAGCCUUCUAUUCAAGGAUUUCUUUACCAGCAUUCUCUAGAGCUUACCCCAGACGGUAAAUAUGUACGAUGGAUGCGCGAUCACCCCCGACAUCCGCGGAAUUGGUCUGGCUUCCGGAAAGCCUAUGACAUUAUUCUUGUGUGUUUGUUGGAUCUGUUUAUAACAGCAUCUAGCACUGCAGGUUCGGCUGCAGCAACGAACGCCAAGGAUGAGUAUAACUUGAAUGAAACGCUUGCAACUUUUAUAUUCGUGACACUAUUUCUCCUUGGCCAGGUGCUUGGCACAGUUGUAUUUCCUCCAUGGUCAGAGACAUUUGGGCGCAAACAGAUGUACAUCUAUAGUAGCGGUCUCAGCGCCAUUUGCUGCAUGAUCAUCGGUCUGGCACAUCCACUCCCAGUUAUCAUUAUUAUGCGGAUUGUGGCUGGAUCGCUUUCCGCAAUCCCGUAUACUAUCAUCGGCGGUACCAUCGAAGAUGUGUUCAACUCACAUGCUCGGAUAUGGGCCAUGUUCUAUUGGACCAUUGCAUCUAACAUUGGUCUGAUCAUGGGACCAAUAAUGAGUAGCUACAUCAUUGCAGGUCUCAAUUGGCGAUGGAACUUCUACGUUUUUGCUAUUAUUAUAGCUACCCUCACUGGUGGUCUUUGUCUUAUCCGCGAAUCUCGACCUUCCUUGCUGCUGGCCCGCGAGGUAAAAUACUUGCGCACCAUCACAGACAUACAAUCAAUCCCGCCGCCUCUCAAUCAUGAUCAUAUCCCAAGCCUGAACAAUUUUUUGAAGGACUCUCUCAUGCGUCCUGCUCAGCUAUUUUUCCAAGAACCCAUCAUAUUCACCGUUUCAAUGAUGAUUUCCGUGGUCAUGUCACUCAUCUACAUCUUCACGGAAUCCCUUCAACCGAUAUUCCAGGCCAUGGGAUUCAGCGAGACCCACGCCUCUCUAGUUUUCAUAACAAUUGGCCUCGGAACCAUGCUCAGCACUUUCACUCGAUUCCUGGACUCUUUUAUCUUGAACUCUCUCCGUCGCCAAGGACGUCAAAUCAAGCCCGAGCACAAGCUCGCUGGACUGAUUAUCGGUUCUCCAUUUCUCGCUAUUGGCUUAUGGUGGUUCGCCUGGACUAUCCCACAAGAUGCACAUACCUCAUGGAUAGUGCCUGCACUUUCCCUUGUUAUAGUGGGAUAUGGACUCACGGAGCUGGAUACAGCGCUGUAUGGCUACAUCUCAGAUAGUUACUUGAGCUACUCGGCAAGUGCCUCCGCUGCGAUUGCCUUCAUGCGCGCGCUGGUGUCUGGUGUUGUUCCACUUUUCACUAAGCAGAUGUUUAGUGGACUAGGCAAUAAUAUUGCCAUGACUGUGCUUGCAAGUGUGGCUACGGUCUUUUGUAUAGUUCCACCUGUGUUUUUCUAUUACGGGGAGCGGAUCCGGCAGGCCAGUAAGUUCGCUCGGUAUAGUUGGGAGAUUCAGGAGCAGAUGGGCAAAGAUGAGGAUGAUUGGUGA